UCGAACCUGUGUUGUAGACCCAAUGUACAAUAUAUUAAACGGAAAGUCUAAAAAGUGAAAAAGAAUCAAAAUACACACACAAAGUCUUAGAACUCAACUUUAUUAAGCACGAGCGCUGGACGGUAUAGUAUGACUUCAAACCGAUUCUUUGCACUAAGUAAAUAUAAUCGACGGUGAAUGUCCGUAAAUUCUGACCAAUACAUGUACAUACUUUUUUGGAUAUUUGUAGAAAUCUAUGGAGUUGCGGGAAUGUUUAAGAAAUGGUAGUUUAACGCUUAGAGACCUCGACAAUAGGGAGAAACGAGGAUCCUCAAAAGGGAGAAGAAGACGAGGAAAAGCGAAGACUGAAAAAGAGGCUGCAGUCGGUGAUGCUCAAACCUUGGUAAAACCCCGAAGAAAUUCGAAGGUGCUAAAUAAUAUAGACAUCGGGCUGAACUCUGGUGAUAAAGACUCAGAAAUGAUUGUACGUGGUAUUAUUGAUGAUGUAUUUGACGGUGCGUACAACCAAUGUGCCGUAAUUGAAUACAGCAUUGCCAGAGAAAAGGCAAAUGAAUUGGCCGACGUCCUCAAAACCGAAAGAGCCCGUAUCACACACAGAGAGAACACUGAGCAGAGAGAGAGGACAUUAGAGUUGUUGUACAAAGCCGCAGAGGAAAAUGUAGAUGACGUGAUACUGCGUGCAACAAUGUCCAGUAACCAAAGCAUGCACAGCGUGUCUGGGACAGACCAGAUCCUCGGAGAAAUAAUGGUACAAGUACGUAUUUAACAUUAAAGUCUCCUUAAUCCUUUUGAUUCGUUUCUUGGGAAAAGCAGAGAAAACACCAUGGGGUAUUUCUUUCUAUUGCAAAAGAAUGCUUUCUCAAACAUGAUUUUUCUCAUACAUACUAGGAUGAAGAUAGUUAUUUGCCUAAGAGAAGCUGGAAGUGGUUACUAUGUGGUUCCUGUGUGUCAAGGCCAUAUCAGCAAAAGAAAGAGAAAUCAGGAUUUCUUGCACGGCUUCAACGCUUGUUCAGACGUCAAUAAAUGUAUUGCUA